AUGUCCGACGACGAUACCAACACCCCCAGCACGCCAGAGCUGACUACCGGUUCGACUGCGUCCGGCGCCUCCGAUCCCACACACGAUGGAGAAGACUGGCUAGCAACCAUCUGCUUCUGCUUCGGCGAGUGCACCUGCCGCGCGCUCAACAAGGACCAAGCCCCGCGUGACCUCCCUCAAGCCAAACUCGAGCCUACGGAAAGCGCUCAUCCCCCCGGCUGGUGCAGUCCCCCCAUCGGCGCGCCGAAAAUCGAGGCUGUUCCUCUCGCGCAACCUUCAAAAGCAGCCACGGCCGAUGUCGACACAGCUACCGCGCAGACGUCGCUUCCCUUGCCAGUCCAACCCGGUCAGCUCGCUACCAUCAUCCAGCUUGACUCCUCGCCUAUCGAUGUCGUCAACCAAACAGAUGCCGCACGUGGUGCAAAGUGCACCCUUGCCGACGCCCCAGCCUCCCUCGAGCCCCACGAGUCCCUCGAGCCGCUGUCACCAUAUCUUUCCAUCCACUCUAGCGCAGACUGGCUGUACUCCGACCUCCUAGAGUCUCUGCACAAUAAUGCCGCAACGGUCUAUCGUCUCCCUGGCCCCGUCAACCUCAUUCUCCCCAACUCCGUGGCGGAGAAGUACCUGAACAUGGCCGCGGAGAGGCUUUAUUACACCCUCCGGUAUGUGCGCAGUUACAAUAUCAGAGUCUUGGCGAGGCGGUACGCCGAAAUCGAAACAGAGGCUGAAGGGCUCCGUGCCAAGUUGUGGAAGUUGGGCCAGAUGCUUCACCACGAGCUCCAGAACGGCUACUCCGUCGGUGGGGGCAACACGUACACCGGCGUUCAAAGCCGCGGGGACCGUAUUGUGACCAAAAUGGUGAAACUCUGGUACGAGCUCGGUCGCUGCGACUUGUCCCUCGCGUUAGCCCGGCAUGCGGGCGAGAAAUUGUGUCGAAUCAACCGCUUUGCGAAACUCAUCGUUUGGAAGGAGGGCGGUAUGACGCUGGUCAAUCCUAGAGCUGAGUGGACAAUAAUGGACGAGCCCACUCUCGUUGAGUACUCCAAGGAGCUGAGGUGGAACAUCGAGUGGAUUGAGAAGGAGGCGGAGAAGCUGUGCAGGGAGGGUAUGUGGACUGAGGUUGAUAUGAAGCUGGACUAA